AUGGUUUUUGAAAAUUUAAUUGUUUAUUUACUCGAUAAAUAUUUGAGUGAUUAUAUCGAAAACUUAGAUACAAAAAAACUCAAAAUUGAUUUAUGGAGUGGAAAUGUUGUUCUGGAGAAUCUGUAUUUAAAAUCAAAUGCAUUAGAUGAUUUAGAUCUUCCUGUCACUAUAUCGUUGGGUUAUCUUGAAAAAUUAACUCUUGAAGUACCAUGGAAAACUAUAUAUAGAAGUCCAACUAAAGCAACCAUCGAUGGACUUUUUCUAUUAGUUAUACCAAAAACUGAAGUUGAAUAUGAUGUUAAACGAGAUGAAAAAGAAAAACAUGAAGCUAAAAUGAAAGAAGUACAUAAAAUAGAAGAAAUUCGCAAAGAAAAAGAAGCUCAACAAAACGCUAAAGAAUCUGAUAAAAAUAAUGAUACAUUCAUGGAACGAAUACAAUUACAAAUUAUUCGAAAUUUAGAAUUAUCAAUUCGAAAUAUUCAUGUUAUCUAUGAAGAUAAAUCUACAAAACCAAAUCAUCCAUUUGCUGUUGGAUUUACAUUGAAUUAUAUUACCUUACAUACAACUACUCCAGACUGGCAACCAACUGUACUCAAAGAACAUACAGAAUUUAUUCAUAAACUUGGUGAUUUAAGUGCAUUAUCAAUCUAUUGGAAUACGAAUGCUCAAUCACGAUCGGGACUAUCCCGAAAUGCAGUUCUUAAAAGUUUGAAAGAACAUAUAGCAAUCAACAAUAAAACAACACCGAAUGAUAUAUCAUACAGUAAAUAA